AAGGAGCUGCAGCCCGGCAACGUCGAGUUGGCAGACCAGUUCCCGGAAUUUUGUUUACAACCCCAGCGCCCCUCUGGUCUAAAUAUCGACACCAAGCUCGCCGCUUCAUCUGCGUCGGUCCAGCUCCAGCUGCAGCUCCAGCACCUCGCCAGCACUAGUAAUACGUGUAAUAGUACUACUACGACUGCCACUGCUGUUACGACUGCUACGACUGCCACUACCACCACCAUCACCACCACUUCGUCCACCUGCUUGACCUCCCUAGGCCUCUGCACGCCCCCCAGCUCUCCCGUCAGCUCGCCGGCCGUCUCCAGACUCUCAUCACCUGUCAGUGCCGCCAAGGCUGAGGCUGACCCUGUGCCUGUGUCUGUGUCUCUGCCAGUUGAGCGCCUGCAAACGCCCCUCUCUCUAUCUCUACCCCGGCCACGGUGCGCUUCGGACCCUCAGCGGAGUGGGCGGGACAAGGAGGAGUCUCGUGGUAUUACUGUCAAAGCUUUCCAGUCCUCCAAGGCCACCGCCCAAGCCAGCAAAGUUUUCCAGACAACCUCGCCCGGCAGAAACCCAGAGUCAAGCCGACUCUGACCUCGCCCUAGCGGAGACCAAGGCAUCUACUGCCGACGUACUAGUCGAUUCGUCGUCGAUUCGGGGGGUCCAUGAACAAUUCCUAAACAGGAUGACUCUUUCGGAGCAGCAGAGAUGGAUCACGGUCCAGGAGAAGACCUUUACAAAAUGGCUAAACACAAAGAUUGUAGCCAGAAAUCUCGAGGUCAAGGACUUGGUGCCGGAUCUUAGCGAUGGUGUUAUGCUGAUUCACCUCCUCGAAUGCCUCUCGCACGAAUCUCUCGGUCGAUAUGCCUCCCGGCCGAAGCUUCGAGUCCAAAAGUUCGAAAAUGCCAACUUGUCUUUGGACUUUAUCAGGUCGAGGGGCAUCCAGAUGACAAAUAUUGGUGCCGAGGAUGUCGUCGAUGGAAACCGCAAGAUUGUUCUCGGCCUUAUCUGGACCCUGAUUCUCCGCUUUACCAUCAGUGACAUUAACGAGGAGGGCAUGUCUGCCAAGGAGGGUCUACUCCUGUGGUGUCAACGAAAGACUGCAUGCUAUGAUGAGGUCGAAGUCCGCGACUUUAGUAGCAGUUGGAACAACGGCCUUGCCUUCUGCGCCUUGCUCGACAUCCACCGCCCGGAUUUGAUUGAUUUUGACACCUUGGAUAAGUCGGACCACCGUGGCAACAUGCAGCUCGCCUUCGACAUUGCCUACGAAGAGAUUGGAAUUCCCAAGCUGUUGGAUGUGGAAGAUGUGUGUGACGUGGCGAAGCCUGAUGAGCGAAGUUUGAUGACAUACAUUGCCUACUGGUUCCAUGCCUUUUCCCAAAUGGAAAAGGUUGAAAAUGCAGGGCGACGAGUUGAGAAAUUCUUCAAUAACAUGCAGGGUGCGUGGGAGAUGCAGAAUGCCUACGAGAGACGAAUGCGGGAGCUCCUCAAGAACAUCCGAGGCCAGGUUGACCAAUGGCACACGGCCAAGUUUGAGGGCACCUAUGCUGAUGCAAAGGCCCAGGCAGCUCAAUUCUCAGAGUACAAGAGGGGCAAGAAGCGUGAGUGGGUUGCAGAGAAGAGCGAGCUUGCCACAUUGCUGGGAAAUAUCAAGACGAAGCUCAGCACUUACCGGUUGCGGCCCUACGAACCUCCACAUGAGGUCAGCCAAGAGGUGAUUGAGAGAGACUGGAAGAGCCUCACGAAGAGUGAGAUGGCUCGCGCGCAGCUCAUCAAUGAAACCAUUCGAGACAUCAAAAACGCCCUGCGCAAGUCGUUUGCCGAUAAAGCCAAUGAUUUUGCAAUGGCUCUCAACACAAUGCAGCUUGCCAUUUCAGGCUUGGAUGGUGAUAUCGAAGAUCAGCUGCAUCAUGUCAAGAAACUUAGCGAAAACUUGGCCCCUCUCGAUCGAUAUCUUAGCACCAUUGCGGAAGUAGAUGCCAUGUGCGAGGAAGCAAACAUUGAGGAGAAUGACUUCACCACAUAUACAUAUGACGAGUUAGCGUACGAGUUAACUUUGGUCAGAUCAUCGGUUCAGAAAAAGCUAUCCUUCUUGGAAAACCAAAUGGUUGCCCGCAACAUGACCAACUUGACGCCCAUCCAACUGGAAGAAUUCGAAAGCGUGUUCCGUCAUUUCGACCGCGACGCUUCAAAUUCGUUGCAGGAGCUCGAGUUCAGCGCAGCCCUGGCCUCACUGGGACUGGUUUUCUCCGAAGAGGAGAUGCACGACUACUUUGUCGAGACGUCUGGGGGCAAAGAAUAUGUCACGUUCGAGCAGUUUAUUCGCUUCAUGGUCGAUGUCACCGAGGACCAAAACACUGCCGAGCAAGUUUUCCAGUCGUUCCGAGAGGUUGCGGAUGGAAAGCCGUACGUCACCGAAAUGGAUCUGCGCCACAGUCUUGUCCCGGAAGAGGUCAUUGACACGCUCCUCAACAUGAUGCCGCCGCACAGCGGCCCAGAUAUGUCACGGGAUCGGGGCAAGGCCCAGUACGACUACAUCUCCUUCAUGGAGAAGAUGAUGGGUGGUGAAGAUGCGGACGACGACAUACCGGCGGGUGUGCUCCAGGAUAGCACGAACAGCGGCGAUGCUCGGCCUCGAAGAGAUUCCAAGGUGAACGGCGUGCACGCUUAAAGAGUCCCAGCGACGAGCAGAAUGGGCCGUCGCUAGCGGUGGUGCUCCAUCACCAUCUUCUAUGCCUGGCCCACCGUCAUUUUAUGGACGGUCUCCGUAUAUUUCUUUGUAUACUUUCCCCCCUUUUCUCCCCGUCGCGCACAUAUGCUCAUUAUACGGAGUCCCUGUCUCCUAUGUUGUCUGGAUACUUGGUUGGAGAGGCAGCGGUGUUUUCUCGGUCCCCUCGAUGCAUGCGUGCAUUGGUGUUUUCUCUUUUUCUCUGUCUCUUUUUUUAUUUUAUUUUUUUGGAUGGUAUAGGGGAUGUGUGGAUAAAAAUUGGACACAACUCUAUAGUGUAUUCCCCACGUUG